GGAUCCGGAGGGGCGCAUGCGCAGAAGACGUGGCAGCUGGCGUAGAUAUUGAGGCGCCGCCUGUGUUUGGUGGGUGUUGUUGGCGGUCAGGAUGGACGAGGAUAUUUUGACCACGCUGAAGAUCCUCAUAAUCGGCGAAAGCGGCGUGGGCAAAUCCAGCCUUUUGUUACGGUUUACAGAUAAUACAUUUGAUCCAGAACUUGCAGCAACAAUUGGUGUUGACUUCAAAGUGAAAACAAUCUCAGUUGAUGGAAAUAAGGCUAAACUUGCAAUCUGGGACACUGCAGGACAAGAGCGAUUCAGAACAUUAACACCCAGCUAUUACAGAGGAGCACAAGGAGUUAUAUUGGUUUAUGAUGUCACAAGAAGAGACACAUUUACUAAACUAGACAAUUGGUUAACUGAAUUAGAAACAUACUGCACAAGAUACGACAUAGUUAAUAUGCUAGUUGGAAACAAAAUAGAUAAGGAAAACAGAGAAGUUGACAGAAAUGAAGGUCUUAAGUUUGCCCGAAAACAUUCCAUGUUAUUUAUAGAGGCAAGUGCAAAAACAUGUGAUGGUGUACAAUGUGCUUUUGAAGAACUUGUUGAGAAAAUAAUUCAGACUCCUGGACUGUGGGAAAGUGAAAGCCAAAACAGAGGUGUAAAAUUAUCGAACAAUGAAGAAGGCUAUAGGGGUGCCUGUGGUGGCUACUGUUCUGUGUUAUAAACUCUUACUAGGCUUAUUUACUUAUUUAAGAGGUAGAAAUAUCCUCUGUACAUAAACUCAUAUCUGCUAUUUUAGGGAUCUUGCAGUUUGCACAUUUUUGUGUAGUAUGGCAGGCAACAUUUUCCUGGGAAAAUGUAUCCUGCAGCUUUUCCACUGGAGAAAUGCUGUGAUAAGCAUGACAAAAUUGCAACAUUCUGGUUUUUUUUUUUUAAAAAAACCAAUAUACAUAGCAUCCCAUUUUGCUAGGAACAUGCACUCUCAUUUUUCAUAACUUUAUCAUGGAAUAUUGUGAAAACAUUUAUGUUGACUGUGUACUCUGACUGGUCUCUAACCCAAAUCACAGGAUUGUUUGAGAUACUUCUCAAAUGAUGCAAGCAGAUAGAAGUAAACCUUGCAUUUCUUACUGGCAAUUGCUUUUCUUACCUGUUUAAUAGCAUGAUGGUACAAUCUUUUUUUAGCUGUAAGCAACACCUUUUUUAGCUUGUAACUUGUCCUGGAUGAUCGUGAAUUACAAGGGAAGGAAAGGGAUCACUUUUUAAAUGAUCACUGCAAUAAGUAGCUAUUGGAGUUAUAACCCUGAAAGGCAUGGAAUGGUACUUUGCAUCCCAAAGUUCACAUGAAAACCUGUAGGAGAAUGCUUUCUGGUUCACAGAGUCACAUUGUAAAUUCCCCUGUCAAGUUUUAGACGUUUCUGUGUGUUACUAGUGUAAUUUGGACUCGAUAACCCCAAAACUAUUGAGCCUUGAUGUUUGAAAGCUUUGAAUUAAAUGGCUGCUGCAUUUGCAGCUCUUGGUUCUGAACCUUAAAUGUGGACAAUAUCUCUUGGAUGUAUAUGUCUGUGUAAGGAAUAUGCUGUUUUGUUGAGGUUUUGCUGUAACAAACAGCCUGUGGCUGGCUUGUUUCAGAGAACUUGUAUUAUUAAUAAAAAAAAAUUCGACAGUAUUCUUCCCCCCCCUCUAAUAUCUUUCUCAUGUAUGGAUGAAUUUUGUAAAUCAUAAUGCAAGGUCACAUUUCCAUAAGAUACAAUACUGGCACCCCCUUAUUAAAAAUUAAUAAUCUAAAUUAAGCAAUUUAAAAUACUGUGCAAUUUCCUGUAAAUGCGGAAAUAGACAAAUGUUUAUACUUUUUGUACACUUUAGGUGCUGCAAACUAUUGUUGAUUUUUCAACAAGCAGACUGCUGUUCCUAUUUGAAUGUACUUCAUUUAUAAUAUUUCCGUUUUUACAUUUUUAGAAAACCAUGGAGAAUAUUCUAAUGAAAAAUUGCAUUUAAAAUUAACUUCGAAAGUGUUGCAAAUGCAUUGCACUACACAUUACAUAAUGCCACUUGAUUUCCAUAUCUUUGGCUUAGUAAAUUAUAGAUCAGCAAAUCGGCAUGUUUCUUUAUAAUGCAGGUAAGGGCAGAAUGAAAUUUUAUUGUAGAAAAGUGUUUUUAACAUUGUAAUAAAGAUUUAUGCAGCAGAAACCCAUCCCAUAAAAAAGCCAGAUUAUUUGCUUAAGUUUUCCCCUGAUAAUUGUUCUGACCCACUUGAAGUUUUGGAUUAAUUUGAGGAAUAGGCAUUUUUUCCAAAAUCCCCAUUUUCUACCCCAAGAAAACUCAAAUUGUGUAUCCAAAAAAGUGAAGCCCUUUGAAUUAUAGAAAUAAUAAAACUUUUUUAUGCUUUAUCUGGAAAAAAGAGAUGCAAGAUCUUUCAAAACACCAAAUUUUGCAUAUUCUAACCAGUGAAUAUACAAAACAAAUCCAUAGUUAAUUGAAAAUUGUCUUAGAUACUACCUAUAUUAAUGGACAAAAUUAAUCUUUUGGUGGGAUGUUACACAUACAGGAACUACUACCUCUCUGGAAAUUAAGAAUAAAUGGUUUGAUAUCAUAUAUAAUUGUACCUAAUGUACUGUUCCUUCCAGCAAGUUGCCUCUGUCUGCUUGAUUGGGGGUGGAUGGAUAAGCACAGUUUUUGAGGUAAAAGUAAGGCAGACCACAUUAACUAUCAUUUUAUCUCUCUCUUUGUUCAUGAAUAAAGGCAAAUAUGUGUGUCAUAGGAUAAUUUUUCUUCUAAUCAAUUAUGUCUGAUUGUCAUAUACUUAUCUUCCUUAAUAUCCUGUUAAAUGAGAUAAUCCAAUUUCGAUAGCAUCUUAAACCCAUAAGAAAACCCUAUACCAACUUUUUCUAUAAGGUAUACAUUGUGGGAAAUGGGAGCUGAGGUAACAAAAUUAUGAUUGAAACUUUA